AUGUCCAAUGUACAUACAUUGAAGGAUAUAAAAGAUAGAGGACAUCGGCUGGGUAGUACAUAUGAGCAAGAGCUCGAAAAAAAAUUAAAAAUUGCUAUCGAUUUUAACUCUGAAAUUACUGAUUUCAACGAAAAGUUGCAGGCCGAAAAUUCAGAUACUAAGGUUGGAUCCCAACUUAUUUCCGAACGAAAGUUUCAUUCUGAGAGACAACGUGAGCUUGAAGCCAAAUAUACUGCCGAAAUCAAAUUGCUCAAAUCAGAGAUUAAAACACUGAAGAGAAAGGCGACUUUGGCCCAGAAAGCUUCGUCCGCUGACAAGGUCCAGAUUCUUUCUCUUGAAACUAAAAUACGCGAAUUGGAAGGUAAGUUGGAGGACAUAGAUCUAGAGCGUACAUAUCAUGAUUUGGAUGCAACGGGAGGGGUGGUAGAAGAGCCAGCCCAAAUAAGCUCAUCCGAUCUUAAAGAGAUUGAUUCUCUUAGGCUUGAAUUGGAACGAGUAAAGGAAGACCGUAAUUCGAAAGAAUAUACAAUAGAAUGUAUGGAAAAGGGAAUAGAGUCAUCAAAUAGCAUAUUUAGACGGGAAAUAGAUGCUUUGUAUUCAGCGUGA